GCUGAGAGGUUACACAGGCUUUUAAUAAUGUAUUUUGUUUACUUUUUUAUAUUUUUAAAUUUUUAGUUUUAGGUUAUCACAGGGUAUCCACGGAUGCUACAAGUCUCUUGUUCUUUUUUGUGAUAUCCUGCUCUCUUGAGUAAAUAAAAUCUUAUCUAUCUUGUCUUUAAUGACGUGCAUAGGAGAAAAGAAGGACAUUUGGAUGCUGAGCAUAGCACAAGCGCUCAGUGCUACUCCAUUUGUCGUUACAGUGACGAUUCAUGUUUUUUUAUUAGUGUAUUGUCAGAAGCUCAUGCAUAUACCUUGCAUAUUGUACUUAACAUAAGAAAUAGAAUUCCUUCUUUUCAGAUAUACGAUAGAGAUGAGUAAUCUCUCCAAACGGGUUUACAUUUAUAGGGUAUAAGCAUUUGUCUCAUUUUCAAACCAUCACAAAAACAGUACUACUUGAAAUAAUCUACUGGCAUCAUCUCGGUUCAAUCAUAAUUGGUGAUACCUGUUGACGUUUGCCAUAAUCAACAUCAAUAAUAGCGUAAGUGUCUUGUGAAGAGAAAAAAUCCUGCAAGAUAGAGAUUUAUUUGAUGUUCGUCUUCGCCGAGACUUUCAUCAUUCAGACUGACCAAUUAACGUUGUAGAUAGCCCUGUUGUGAGUAUUCUUCGUCUCCUAAUGAUCUGCCUGGUCAAAAACCUCAAAUCAUUUUCGGACAUAUUUUUAGUUCUGGUUUAUUAACGGAUAGAAAGACCGGACCCGAAGCUUUCACCGAAUAUCAGCGUGAGUACGGUGACAUAUUUCUAUUUUGGAUCGGUCCACAUAAAUGUCCUGUGUUCUGUCUACCUGAACAUGCUCAAGCAAUCUUCUCCGAUCGGCAUAUAUUUGAUCAAUCUCCAUUAUUUCUACCUAAUUUGGAUUUACUUUGCCCAAACGGUAUUAUUAUAUUGAGCGGUUCCAAAUGGAAGCGUCAUGUACGAGUCAUGUUGUCGGUGUUUAAACGAGCUAAAAUCGUGAACUAUUUAGAGACCAUUCUUCAUUGUACCGAUCAAUUUAUUGACAAACAUUUAGACGAUAAUCGCAUCUACACAGAUUUAGUACUUGGAUGUCAAUCAUUAGUGAUGAAUAUUAUUGCAUUUAUUGCAUUCGAUCACGAUCUCGAAGCUGAAAUUGAUUCAUCGUGCGCACUUGCACUUCAGGAUUUCGUAUACUAUGCAGGUCAGUUUAUGAUGACAGCAUGGUUACCACGAUGGUUAGGUAGACUCUAUUUAAAAUUAAAUUGGAAAUAUCAACGUGCACAUCGAAUUCUUCGUGAAUUAUCGAAACAAAUUGUCGGACAAGAACAAAAUAAACAGAAUGAUACUGAAAGUCAACGACCGAAAAAUCUAAUUGCAUCUCUUGUUUCAUCAAUCAAUGAACAAGCCAAUGAUGAACAAAUAUCAUCCGGUCUGACUCAAGCGGAAAUUUUCGACGAAGUUCUCAUGGCCAUUACAGCCGGUACGGAAACAACGGCAAAACAUGACAUUCUUAUGGGAGAUAAUGCACAUUCAUCGUUGUUGAGUUUGGAAACACUCGAUUCACUUGUUUACUGUGAUUGUGUCACCAAAGAGGUCCUUCGAUUAGCACCGGUGGCCGGUAUCACGGCGCGCAGGGCUUUACGUGAUACAGUAGUCGAUGGUGUACCGAUUCAUCGUGGUCAAGAUGUAUACGUUGCUCUCUACAAUAUGAACAAGGAUCCACGCUAUUGGCAUCAUGGUGAUCCAACUGAAUUUAUUCCCGAACGAUUUUUAUUCGAAGAUAAAAAUCAUCAUCCUUAUGCUAUGGUUACAUUUGGUGGUGGACAUCGUGCUUGUUUGGGUCAAGAUUUGGCACAAUUCGAACUGAAAUUGAUGAUUGUUAGACUUAUGCAAGGUGGUGUAUCAUUCGAAGAUACACCCGAAAAUAUUGGUGGAUGCAAACAACAUGUUACCUGUGCUCCGAGACAUUUAGUUGUGCGUGUAAGAAUCGAUCAUGAUUGA